AUGGCAUCCCCAUCCAACAUCCCCCAAUCUUCUGCCUCGGCCUCGGCUCCCAACCCUCCUCAGCGAACCGUCUACCUCAUCAUCAAAUCGCAAUCCAGCAGCUCCAUAAAGCCUAGCUACAGCAUCUCCUGCACCGCUAGCAACCCUAGCCAACCUCCUCACUCCAGUCUCCACAGCCUCACGCUGCCAUCCCCCCACAACGCCACCGUAACCCUAACCCCGUCUUCCACCACCCGUGGUGCGGUCGAAGUCGUGAAUAUCUGGGCCGUCUCCUUCUCCGCCGCGCAGGACACCUUGGAAACCCAAGUGAGCGCACUUGAAGAGGAGGCAAAGAAUGUAGGGGAGACAGUCAGACAUAGCACCAGGAACAACGAGGACCAUCAAGUGAUAGGGCGUGGGCUGAUUCUGGGAGAGGAAGGAGAUCAGACGGAUGUGGGUUGGCAUGUUUACUGGGAUAUUGAGGAGGUGAGGCUACCGGGUUGA